UGCGUCAUUAUCUGCUAAAAGCCCCCCGCGGAGCGUCAGUUUGCAAUACUCGCUCGCGCGCCCGUUGUUGUGCGUUUCCUAUAACAACAUUAGCUUACAGAUAACCUCAGAUAGGCAUUAGCAAUGCAGAUCAACAAGUGAAAACUUUUCGAAAGAAUUUCAGGAACGUUUCAACAACAGGUGCGUCAAAAAUAAAAAUUCAGCAGAGGAUUUUCUUGGAAUGCACUGAUCUGUACAAACGACGGAGCUCCUGGUGAACAGUACACGCAGAUCCUAAAAACUUUAUUGUCGUUUGGACAACAGUAGCAGAGGGCGAUAAUCUGUCAAGACAACCAUGGCAAUAUAUGAUGUUAACAAGAGAUGGGACGUAUAUGAGACCUCACAUAAAAGAGAUUUCAUCUAUAGACCCAUUUCAUCUAUUCCAACUCUAAGACCAAAAACAUCUGGCAAUAUCUAUAGAAAUUCAUACAAACUGGAUGAUCCGGUAGGAGCAACUGCAUACAGUGAAGAUUUCUGCUGGAAGCCUAUGUCCAAAACUACUUGCAUAAGGUCUGCCACAGCAUCAGGAAACAGAAGAAACAACCCGCACCCAAGCCAGGCAUUCAUGGUAUGGAGGCAUUCUGCAGAUCAAAUGAAGCAUUUUGGUGGUAGUUCCCCUCUUCAGCACCUGCUGACUGAGAAGGAAAUCCAAAAGGCUCUCAGUGCCCAGUAUAGCUCGACCUACAGGACUGAUUUUCUUGGAUUACCUCAAGGAAUUAUGAAGAACCAUGCAGUCUUUACACCUUUUAACCACAGCCAUCCUGUCCAUUACUAUACCCAGACUGAAAUGAGACACAACUACCGCCCACCCAAACUGAAACUUGAGCUUCUGGGGAACAACUCUCGCUAUGGGUGCAAUAAGCUGCAUGGUGUAGCGGCGAGGGGUAUUGUUCCUACAGUGAUUCACAGUCACAUCAAUAACCGGGAAAACAACAAACUGGAGACCACCUACAAUAAACAUUUCGGAGAAAAUAAGGAUGUGAAGACAAUGCACAUAACCAGCUUCUCUGCUGAUGGAUGUAAAGGGAAGAAUAGGGGUGUGAUCAUGCAAAACUCUUCCACACUGGAGAGGGUAUCAGCCUGGCCUGGGCCUUUAUAAAGAUGCCAUUUUGAACCAUGAAAGCUAUAUAAAGCUAUAUGAGUAUGUGUGCAUUGCAUUUUCUUUUCCUUUUUCUUUUAUUAUUUAGAGUUCUGAUUUUCUUCCAGAAGAUAGAACAUUCCUGCUUUUAUGAAACUGCCUUUAUGCAUCUUUAAAUGGUGUGCUUAAUAAAACACUGAAAUGAAAACUGAUAAUAGG